AAGGCUCCACUGAGCCACCUGUCGGGUAAUUAACCAAAAUGUUGUGGCCCAAGUUAGUCUGUUUUUCCUUGGUCAGCUUGGCUCUUUGCCAAGUUUACCAGGUUGCCAGUCAGGAGACUUCCACCGCCUGCCCCGUCAACUUUACCCGUGUGGCGGACAAAUGCCUUCUCGCCGAUAGUUCCUGGAAGAACUGGUACGAAUCGGACCGCCAUUGUCGGUCCAUCAACGCCGGACUGCUGAGCAUCAAGGACCAAACCGAAUUAAAGGCCAUCAACGACUGGCUGCCCGUGGCGGCUCCAUACCAACUGGAAUUCUGGACUGCUGGCAACAAGUUGGGCCAAGUCUCGACCAUAGUUGAUUACUUCUGGCAGAGCACCGGAGAUAUGGCUCGCUAUCUGCCCUGGGCGCAGGGUCAGCCCACUCCUGCCAACGGUGACUGCUUGACCUUGCUUGCCAAUUACUCCACGGCUACGGGAGAACUGGUCGUGGAAGAUCACCGACUGGCCGUAAAGAACUGCACCCAGUGGGCUCCCCACAUCUGCCAGAUCGAGCCGGUCCAGUACAAGACCCAGUUGUGCCUCAACCCCGAUGCCUUCCACGAGGUUCAAGUUCCUGUGUAAGGCUAACUCUUUCAGAAUAGUUAAUGAAUGUAAUUUGUUCCUGGAAUUAAAAAAAACAAUAAAAAAUAUUGCUACAAAAAAAAAGAAAUUACCGAAUAUUAUCAGAA